AGGAGGGGAGGAGGAGGUGGAGGCAGCAGCAUCAAGCCCGUUUGCAACAGUGGUGGCAGGAUAGAGAGUUGUGCUUUUUGGACUUUCAAAGGAAACAUGUGGAAUCUGAAGCAAAGAAGACAACCUCCAAUCUCAGCAGAAUAUAAAGCAGAAGUGCAGCAGGAUGUCACCUGGGAAGUUACGGUGGAAAGUAAUGAAACUGUACAUCUAGACACAGAGACUGUCGGGUUUGGUGCUACUGACUGGGGAUCCCAGUUGCAAUUGCCCCAGGAGACUGAGAAGAACCUCUCCUGCUUGGACAUGGAAGAGGAGGAAGAGGAAGAGCAGAAGGGACUUCCUUCUAUGUUUCCACUCGGUCCUGCUUUCCCACCUGGAGCUGCCGCUUCUUCCUCUGUGCUCAACAUCAAUGUGGGUGGGCAAAGCUACUGCCUCACUUACCAGGCUGUGGCCAUCCAUCCCACCACUCGGCUGGGCUGCUUGGCCACUUCCACUGACCGCCAUCGCCAGCUAGGCCUAUGCGAUGACUAUGCUGCUCAGGGCAACGAAUACUUCUUUGACCGAGACCCUGCCGUCUUCCAGCUGGUCUACAACUUCUACGCUUCAGGGGUGCUACAGGUGAGGGAUGAGCUGUGCCCCCAUAGCUUCCUGGAAGAGCUGAGUUACUGGGGGGUGCGACUCAAGUACAUUCCCCGCUGCUGCCGCGUCUGCUUUAAAGAGAGAUGCGAUGAGCUGAACGAGCAGCUGAAAGUGCAGCAGGAGCUACGUGCUCAGGCAGCAGUCCAGGAGAGUAAGCAUCUCUUCCGCCACAUGCGCUAUGCGGCACAACGUUGGCGGCUCUGGAAUCUCAUGGAGAAGCCCUUCUCCUCUACCCCAGCAAAAGUCAUGGGGGUGACCUCCAGCUUCUUUGUGCUCAUCUCUGUGGUAGCGCUGGCUCUCAACACAGUGGAGGAGAUGCAGCACAGGGACAAGGCCGGUGGAGAGAUGCGGCCCUUGCUGGAGCACGUGGAAACAUUCUGCAUUGCCUUUUUCACCUUGGAGUAUGUGCUGCGGCUGGUCUCCACCCCAGACCUACGUCGCUUUGCUAGUAGUGUCCUCAAUGCAGUGGACCUUAUUGCAAUUUUGCCCCUUUAUCUCCAGCUCCUGUUGGAACAUUUUGUUGAUGAGGACCAGCCACGUGGGCAUGGUUCCCAGCAUGAACAUGACAUUGAGAAAGUGCGAGUGGGAAAGGUAGGGCAGGUGCUACGCAUCAUGCGCCUCAUGCGCAUUUUCCGUAUCCUUAAGUUGGCCCGCCAUUCUACGGGGCUGCAGGCCUUUGGCUUCACUUUGCGCCAAUGCUACCAGCAGGUGGGCUGCCUCUUGCUCUUCAUUGCCCUGGGCAUCUUUGCUUUCUCUGCCAUGGUCUACACUGUGGAGCAUGAUGUCUCCAGCACAAACUUCACCAGCAUCCCCCAUGCCUGGUGGUGGGCUGCUGUAAGCAUUUCUACAGUCGGAUAUGGAGACAUGUGUCCAGAAACCCACCUUGGACGACUCUUUGCGUUCCUCUGCAUUGCUUUUGGGAUAAUUCUGAAUGGAAUGCCUAUCUCUGUCCUCUACAAUAAAUUCUCAGACUACUACAUCAAGCUGAAAGCAUAUGAGUAUACAGCCAUUCAGAAGGACAGGGGAAAAGUGGGUUUUACAUGGCGAGCCAUGAAGAAAAUGUCUGAGUGCUGUGGAAACAGGCCUACCCGAUUGCCAAGACACAGAUAUAACUAAUACCUGGAACAGGAAAGAGGGAUGGGAAGAUGAGAGACUAACAGAUCCCUCAUAUCUGCCCACAAGUUAACUAGGCAAAAAAAAAGAAUGGCUGUACCUGAAUAUGGUAUAAUUUGAUUCAAAACUUAUUAGUUAAAAAAAAAGAUACAAAUGAAGAUCACCAUUCUUAUUAUGUUAUUAUGUCUGAUAAAGGUUACAGCUGGCAUCCAAACAGCCACUGGAAUCAAUGAUGCACUUGGACUGUGAUCCACUAAGGAUCCACUUGAAAAAUGAAAGAGAAUGCAAUACUAUUGGCUUAACCUGCAAAUAUAGCACUAGCAAAAGCAACAAAAGCAAACUGCCUUAGGCCAAACACCAUUACUAGGGAGUAAGAUUCCUAUAAUACUAUUUGGACUACGACUGAGUAAACAAGCGCUAGAUUGUGCUACUGCUUUCUUUGUAUUUACAUAUUUGCUGGCAUGGUGGAUGUUGCCUCAAAAUCAGAAUUGUAGUAGACUGUUAAGUAGGAAUAUAUUUCUGUUUAGGAACGGGGAAGAAAUUCUAUUCAGUUUGCAUUUAAAGGCAAGUCUAUCAAAUGUGCAUGUUCUGAAACAAUUAUGAGAACUGAAACACAGUGAUCCUUCAAAAUUCACACUUACCCGAAUUUUUCAAUGCAGUUCUCCAACCAAUAUUUACAAAACUGUUUAUAUUAGGGGGAAAUGUACAUAGAAUGAAUAUAUUAGGGAUAAUAACAUGCCAAAAUGAAUUAUAUCAUGAGAAAUUGCUUGCAAAAAUGUAUACAUUAGGCAAACCUGCAUAUAAAAAUGUUUUUAUUAGGAUAAAUUUGCACUAAAAAGCAGAUAAAUGUUUACAAAUUGCUGCAGAAAUGUGGAGAACUGAAUUUAAAAUUGGGAAAAAUGAGAAACUGAGAGAACUAAAAUGGACAGAUCUUUCUCUCAUGUGUGCUGUACCUCAAUUUUAUUACAGUGUUGAAAUUGUAAAAAAGAAGAGUAUAUGUAGUACCUUUGUGCUGUAAAUUCAUUCACAGAUAUCAAACAAUAAGUCACUGUAUGACAGCUGAGCAUGAAUUCACUAAAAGGCAAAAAAAAGCCUUGCAGUUUAAGAACGUACCU